AAAGAACACAAUAAAAGUGUUGAUUUUCGAGGGGUCAAAAUUAUGGGCUAAAGAACAGGGCUUUAAUGUUAUAGAAACCACAACAACAACAUUGUAUUUGUUUUGUUUUGUUUUGUUUUGUUUUGCUUUCUGUCUAUCACAUUGUUGUUUGGUUUGGUUAUUCGCUUGUUCUGAGAGUGUUCAUGGCCGAUGUUAAUGCUGAUAAAAAUGCUACUUUGAGUGAGAGUUCCUCGGAUUCCGGCGAGAGGGAGGAUGAGAACUCGGAAGGUGGGGUUGUUCGAGCAAAACAUAGAAGACAAGGAAAAAAACUUUCUACAUAUUCAUCGGCCCAAGAAUUGUGGGCAUUGAUUGCGGAAGACGAUAAAAAAGAUGGAUCAUCUCCUACAGGAGUUAUAGAAGGUAGCUUUGAAUUAGGCUCGGAACCCGAUUUAACCUCUCCCGCUGACAGCCCCAAGGCAGAAAUUCGUUGUUCACAUCCAGCAGCUAUUUCUAACUGGAGAAAAUUCUUCAAAUUAUUGAAAAGAAAAUCGGACAAGCACUUGCAUACCUUCCCUCUAUUUCCUGUACCCAAGCUAUCAAGAAAGAACAACAGGAGCACGAAGGAGAGUCCUAUGCUGAGAGACUUGUACAACUUCAAGUCUUCUUUAGAGAACUUCAGCCUAUCUGAGCUCCGAGCUGCAACAGACAACUUUAACCGAGAGAACAUAAUUGGAAGGGGUGGUUAUGCUGAAGUCUACAAGGGUCAGUUGAAGAACGGAAAGCUCGUAGCAAUAAAGCGGGCGAACAAAGGGACACCAGAUGAGAGGACUGCAGGCUUCCUAUCAGAGCUCGGCAUUAUAGCCCAUGUAAAACAUCCAAACACCGCUAAGUUGAUUGGAUGUUGCAUUGAGGGAGGAAUGCACCUUGUCUUUCAGUUAUCUCCAAUGGGAAGUUUGGCAUCAGCUCUUCAUGGUUCAAAAGGUACACUGGAUUGGAGUAAAAGAUAUAAGAUUGCUUUGGGUACAGCAGAUGGCCUCACAUAUCUUCACGAGACUUGUGAAAGGCGGAUUAUUCAUAGAGAUAUCAAGGCUGAUAAUAUUCUUCUUACAGAGAACUUUGAGCCUAAGAUUUGCGAUUUCGGUCUUGCCAAGUGGCUACCUAGACAGUGGACUCAUUACAACGUAUCGAAGUUUGAAGGCACUUUUGGCUAUUUUGCACCCGAAUACUUCAUGCAUGGCAUAGUUGACGAGAAAACUGAUGUCUAUGCAUUUGGUAUUCUGCUUUUGGAGCUCAUAACAGGAAGGAAAGCUGUAGAUGAUCAACAGCAAAGUGUUGUAACAUGGGCAAAGCCUCUUCUCGAUGAGAAUGAUAUUACAGAGCUCUUAGAUCCUUUCCUCGGUGACGAUUAUGAUGCAGAUGAGGUUGAUCGCAUGGCUCUGACUGCCUCUUUAUGCAUUGAACAUUCUCCUAUUCUUCGUCCUCAAAUGAGUCAGGUUGUGAUACUGCUGAGGGGUGAUGAAUAUGUAGCAGAAUGUUAUAAAGAAUCCCAAAAUCCAACCCACCAUAGAACAUACUCAAACGAGCUCUGCGAUGCUCAAGAGUACAACUCGACGAAACUGAACAAUAUCAAUCGACUUCGGGAGAUUGCUUUAGGUUCUUAAAAAGCCAGUUAUAACUUUGUUUCGGUUUGCUGCAAAUCUCAUGGAACUAAGAGGAAAAAUCAAUUUGAUGCUGUGUUUCAUGGCAUUUGGAAGCAUGGGGUUCUUCCAAAUUUCAUGUGAAAAACAGUUUAUCAAAAUCAAAAUUAUGUCUCCCUUGGUGUAAUGUAUACAUCUAA